AACACCACUAAUAAUAAACAUUCGUGUAGUGCACUUGUUGUGGUGUAAACGCGAUUCUUGUGUACUACUUGUGUGAUAAUAAUACAAUUUCUAAAUUGUGCAUUGAUUAAUUUAAUUAAAUUGGAUAGUUUAAAACUCAACUGAGGUGAACAUGCUGUGUCACGCGCUGCUCAUCUUGACCAGUGUAGUGCUAUCCAGCUGCGACGUCUCCCACCUGCAGCAUCCAGAGGACCAUAGCACGGAGCCGCCGCCGCCGAAGCCCUACGUGUUCUCCUACACAGCUGGCAGGUACCCCGGCCAUGCGGAUAGGCAGCACACUGAAGUUAGCGAUGGCAGUGGAGUGAUCAGAGGUUCAUUCUCGUACGUGGAUCCACGCCAGAAGGUGCGCACGGUCGACUACAUUGCUGAUAAGGAAGGCUUCCACCCGAUCCUGAGCGACGCUCCCCCAGAGCACCCGGCCGACUCCGAGUCUGUGGCACGAGCUAAGGACAAGCACUACCGGCUGUAUGCUAAAAUAGCAGAAGAUCACGCACAACAACCGCAUCCGUCAGUUGAUUCGAUACCCCGCCAGUCAGCCGCUGUAGCGCUAGCAUCAGCGAAACACGCGCAGCUCUUCAAAGUGAUAGCUGAACAACACGCCAGAAUUGCAGCUGAACGGGAAGCGCUGCAGCGGGAGGAAGAGGAGAAACAACACCUGCAAGAAUUGGGACAUUAGAACUAGAAAGUAGAAUUACACUCCAAAGAAAUUGCCAAUCAAAGUCCAGAAUUUGUUAUUUUAAAAUUCCUUUUCUGGAACGUUCUAUUGCAUAUGGCCAUUUUGGCGCGGUUUGCCGCCAUCUUUAAUUUCUUAACGUUAAUAUAAUGAUGGAGAUUUAGAAAUAAUUCUACUUGUAUGGCUAGAUCUCGUAUAUAAGUGAUAAAGUGCGUGAUAAACUUACUGCGUGUAAUUAAAUAGGUUUAAAUAUUUCCUUUGCAAUAAAUAUAAUUUAUCCACAACACCAUGUCUAGAAAAUCACACUUUCCAACCAGAUUUUGUAUUGAAAUAUUUCCGUAACACAGCUAUGUAUUAAACAUAGCUGUACACGACACAUGUCUGGAUCCUCCCAAGAUUUCCAAAUUUAAAAUUAAAUUGUGACGAUAAAACUAAUCCGCGUACUUAGAUAAAAUAAUACUUAAUAUAAUAUACGAAUAUUUAUAAUGGAUACUUUAUUUUGUUAAAAUUAUAACUUAUUUUUAAAUAAAAAAAAUCAUUCUUAAUUACCUACAGGCGUAAGUACUGUUUAUUGUUAUAAUUUCUAAAAGUUGCCAACAUUGGAUUCGAAAUUCAAACCGUUCUUGCAUUCUCCAACCCAAUACAGCAAUGAAAUAAUAGUAUUUUGUAUCUAUGGUCACCAGAGACAAAUUUUCGUUGAAAAAAAUACAUGCAUUUCAAUUACAUCAUUGUUUGUAUUUCCUAAAACAUUGUUUAGCAAAUUAAAUUAGAAUUGUAUUUUACCUAUAAGACUCCUGUUUAAUACUCUCUAAUUUGCCAUUUUCGACCUUAGCCUAGUCUAGUGACGAUUGAUUUUUCUACAUUUAUAUAUAAAAUAAAAAAUAUAAGUCAUCAAAAAAUGUAUUUUGUAUUGUUUUUAAAUAUUUGUACAAAAUAAAUAUUUUAUCAUUUCGUA